AUGGAAAAAAUAUACAAAAUGUAUCCAUGCAAGUAUUCGGGGUGCAAAAAACAGUUUAAAAAGCCUUCGCUUCUGGAGCUGCACGAAAACACGCACGAAAAAAAAAGGCCUUUUGCGUGCGAAAAGUGCGAGGCCCGGUACUACAAAAAAAGCCACUUAAAAGUGCAUGUACAGCGCGCGCACAUUGGCGGCGAGCAACGGGAGUGCAGCAGCUGUGGAAAAACGCUGGCUUCUCAAGAGGGGCUGCAGAGGCAUAGAGAAGUGUGCGGAAGAGUGUUUACAUGUGAUGUGUGCCGAAUGCAGUUUGUACGCGCCAGAUGGUUUGUUGCCCAUGUCCGGCUGUGCGUGGGAAAACAAAGCGCAGGCGAAAGCUGUACAGACGAUGAAAGAGAAAAAGCUGCGGAAAAAAGGAUAAAAAGAAGAAAGUCUGCACGGGACCUUCACAGAUGCAGCGUGUGCCAAAAGGGGUUUAAACUGAACAGAAAUCGCCUGUAUCAUGAAGCGCACGCACAUAGCAGCAUCCGUCACGAGUGUCCAAGCUGCAAAAAAACGUACAAGCACAAGGGGUCGCUGACCAGACAUAUAGAGACAGCACAUAAAGCAGAAGGCGACUCAGAAACUGGCGCUGCGUCUGACGAUGGACAGACUCGUGGAGAAUAA